AUGGCGGCAACUAUCGACUUGAAGCAGGUGGCUGCUGCUGUUGAGUGGCAGUAUAACGGCGCGACACAGUACUUGACGAAUGCCGAUCCUAAGCAUGCCCCGAUACGAUUUACGUUACGCGUCAACGCGACCGAGAAUGAACAUCAUUGUGCUCUCCUAGAUUUGAUAGUUCCAGUUAAAUUCAAGGACAAGCAAAGUAGUGCGGGUACUUCGGCAAUUUGCUUGCGGAUUAAUCCUCCAUCCAUCACAUCUCUCGACUUUUCCACCAAGACGGAUCUACCCAAGGCCAUCGAGCAGAUAUUCCCGUCUUCUGCGAUAUGUCUGGAUCUUCAAUUCGAUAGCAAUGUUAUUGUUCUUAUCCCCAGCCUCGUCAAGGAACCUCCCAUGGCAGCCCGUCAACGAUCAGGCAAGAUUAUCGACUUGUUAUAUGAGCUCUCCCACGUUACAACUUUACGUGUCUACAUCCAAGAUUCUCUUUUAUCCUUGGAUCAAUUGAACUCUCUCAAGGAUAUAGUCACGCAACGUCAACUGCAGCCAUUUUCUGGCCGCGAGGAUAAUAUUAGUAGAAUGUUCAGCGAAACUGGAGCAAAGAUCACGAACCUUGCCGCGUCGCUACCAUCAGCCUACAACAAAGCUACAACCCAACCAGAACCUCCCUCAUACGAAAAGACCACAGCCACGUCAUCCUCUCACAAGCGUAAACGAAGCCAAGAAGUACUAGACACUUCCAAUUCAGUAUGGGACCAGCUACAAAAGCUAGAGACAUUAAUACACGACCGCACAGCGCAAAUCGACCAGUCAAAGCUAGUCCACGAGCUACAAACCGAGAUAAUCCAGCUCCGAGAAAAGCUCACGCGGUGCGAGAAGAUCUGCGCGGAUCUAGAGGCCGAGGUUGCUGUGUUUCGAGAGGCGCAGGGCAACGCGGAUGAUGCAGAGGACGUAGAAUUGAUUGAGAUGCGCGACGAUAUCAAGGCGCUGGGGAAUAGGAUGGAUUUUAUUGAGCGUGGCAAAGACGACGUUGAGUUUGGUAAUAAGAUAAAACUAGAGGUUUUUGAUGAGUUGGCGGCUCGUGUUUUGAGGGGGUGA